UCCUGAGAAAUCUUGCAUCAUGGCCGAUUCUCAGGACAGCAUUCUGGACUCGGUCCUCCACGGGAACCUGACCAGUGUUCCAGAACCACCUUCCAGAGUGCUCAAGAUGAUGAUCGUUUCUUCUAAGACAGAUUUCGAACUGGAACGUCGUUACUUGCACGAGAAUGUGUGGCCAGAGCUUCAACGUCAUUGCGCCUCCUCAGGUGUGGAUCUAGAGGUACUGGACGUCCAAAUGGGCAACGAUCUGGACUCCACUUAUGAUCCCCACGCCUUCGAACAGCAACUCAGGGAAAUUGAGAACUGCUAUCAGGAAUCUCUUGGAUGCUUUCUUGUCUGUUUAAUCGGCAGCAAGUACAAGCCUUGCCCCUUACCACGAUGCAUUGAGGCCACAGAGUUCGAUCCCAUCUACGAGAAAGCGCAGGAAGCUGGAUUCGAUGUCAGCCUCCUCACACAAUGGUACUCCUUGAACUCCAACAUGGUACCUCCAGCCUAUGUAGUGAGAUCUCUCGAUUCCAAAAACAAUAGGUUUUCACUAAGGCGUCCCUCAGAUGUUCAGCGAAGUGAAUUUGAAGAACAGACCAAUGAAUGGAUUGAAGAAGAAGAACAGGUACUCAAGAUGAUCCAAUAUGGAGCUCGUGUUGCCCACCAGGAGGGAAUAAUCAAUCAGAAUAAGGACACACGGCAACGAAGAUACUUCAUGUCAGGUGUUUACAAUCAGUUAGAUUAUGCUCUUAGUUUGUCAACCACAGCCCAACAGCGAAUAGUGUGCGUCAUACGUCAAAUAGAAGGUCUUGUGAGUAACGAUCCGACAGUAGCACAGUAUGUGGAUGUCUCUUCUCAGGAGAAUUUCACCAUUGACGAAGAAUCAGCUGCAAACCUCCAGAACCUAGUUGAUGAUGUCAUCUUCUCUGUCAACCGAAAAAAUAUUCACUUUUUCAACAUUAAUUGGAAAGAGGGUGGGCUGGAUUCCAACCACUGUGAACAUCGAUUCUACCUAGAGAAAUUCGGUAACGCCAUCUUUACCAAUAUUAAAAUGCUAGUAGACGAGGACAUUGCUGCCACGACACCCGACUGGCAGAAUUUACCACCCAGGAUCAGAAAACCCAUUCAGGAGGUGGUUCGAGAAUCACAAAGCCAUCUUAGCAACAGCCGUCAGCAUCUGCGUGUUCUCGGGGUGUCCCAGUCCCUGGACAGUGACUGCGGAGCCUUGCUGCAAAUACAGAAUUUGAUGCUAGGACAAGACGAUACUUGCAUUAGGCAUUCACCCGUUAUAGUUGUCGGGCAAGAUGGAUCUGGGAAGUCCACCUUACUUUCACAGGUUUUUAUGUAUUGUCCCGAAUGGCUUGGCAGUGAUGUAGUACGAAUCAUUCGCCACGUCGGACGCAGCCCUUGUACAUCUUUCACUCCGGAGCUCCUGCGAAACUUGUGCUUGCACAUCAGCUUGCUAUUCGGAUUUGAAAUUAGUCCCAGACACUACAGUUUCGAGCUAGGAAAGCUAAGCAUCUGGUUUCUGGAUCUUCUAAAACUGGUGGAGGCCAAAGACAAUGACCUUGUCAUCGUACUAGACAAUCUGCACUCCCUGCGAUGUGCACCUAAUAACCAAGCUUCCAUCCUUGGAUGGUUGCCAUGGAACCUUCCCGCCAACGUCCACAUCGUGUGUUCGGUGUCUGAGGAAGAAGAAAAGAUUCUAGGGUUACUCAAAACUAGGAUUUCUACUAGCGAGAACUUUGUCUACAUUCCGCCUUUGACCAGCCAGGCGGCAAUCAGUAUGAUGCAGUCCAAUCUGAAGGAUAAUAAACACGUUUUGACAACUGAACAGUGGCAACAUGUGAAGCAACGUCUAGGCGGCAAAACAAUGUGCCCUCUGUAUGUGAAACUGUUGUCGCAUCUUGCAAGGAGGUGGCCUUCCUUUAAGACUUUGACAGACAAGGAUGUACCACUCACCAUUGAAGAAUUGGUAAAUAUGUUUCUAAUUGAUGUGGAAAACAAGUAUGGAAUAGAGACGAUACGAAAAAUAGCCACCUAUCUAACAUGUACAAGCUUUGGUCUUCGGGAAGCAGAGAUAGUAGAACUUUUAGCGAAUUCUGAAUAUGAGGGGCCACAAAUGGAUAAUGAACUGGAUAACAGAAAAGUCGAGUUUUCAGUAACUCAUUGGUUAGAUAUCAAGAAAGAGUUGGGAGUGUUGAUGAAAAUGUACUACGUAGACAAGCGGCCUUAUCUGUACUGGAGCCACAAGAGUAUCACGAAUGCCAUACGGGCCAGAUACCUACCGAACAGCAGUGACUCGCAACUGUGCCACACAGAUCUGGCCAAUGCCUUCCACUUAGGUUUCCUCAUGGAAAAAGAACAAAAGGGUUCUCCGUUAGACGAGUCCAAGUCCAAAAGGAAGGAGGAUUGGUCAGAUAUGCUGAGGGAGAUCGACGAGCUCUGGUACCAUCUCAUGCUCAGUGGAGAUCAGAAGAAACUGAAACAGGAUGCAGUUUGUAACUUCGAUUUUCUUCUUGCUGCUACUAGAGGCGCAUCCAUCAGUUAUACUAGAAGCAUAUUGGAAAUAGUGCGUUGCCAGAUGCUGGAUUGGGAAGUGGAAUUAUUGUACAGCAUGACCAAACAGUCGGUGGAUGUUCUAAGCCAAGAUCCACAGCAAUUAGCAACAGAAAUCAUAAACUGGCUGAGGCCUUUUCUAAAUGGCACUACUAAAACGAUGGACCAACUUGUGGCGAAUGCCAAAGAAUGGUGCAACAAUAAUAUCAUUCCCCUAUUGGUACCACAAAACAACUGGCUAUCUCUCAGUCUACCUCCCCAAGUCACGAUGAUGACGUGUCCACAUCCUAUCACUCAUCUGGUGUGCACUCCGGACAGCCAGCAUGUCAUGGGGUGUACGCAAGAAAUCAACAUCGAAAUGUACCACCUGCCAUCUAGGACUUUAGUUCGAGUCUUAACUGGUCAUAAGAAUAGAAUCACCUGCCUCCAUAUUACUCCAUCUGGCAGGUGGUUGAUCAGUGGUUCCAAAGAUUCUGAAAUCAUUGUUUGGGAAAUGGAAACUGGUAACAUGUCUCAUAAAUUCAGUCAUCACACAUCGGGUGUGCAAUGUGUGACCACAAUCCACUCGGAAGCCCUCAUCAUCAGUGGUUCUGAUUCCGGUGUCGUGGUUGUGAGUAGGCUGGACAGUGGUCAAGUCAUCCACAAGCUGGAGAAUCACAGAGGUGUCAUCAGCAGUGUUGCUGUAAAUUCAGGAGAUGAUAUUUUCGCUUCAGCGUCCACUGAUCGAUGUGUUUGCAUCUGGAGUCUGGAAGACUUCACCCUUCUAAACACAAUCCAUCUAAGUUCCCCGAUCACCCACAUGGACAUCUCCUGGGAUUCGACCUUCCUGCUACUUGCCUGCACUGACCACUCUGUGCAUGUACGCUCCCUUACUACAGGAUCCGACGUCCACUGUCUCUAUGGACAUCAAGCUGCUGUUACCUCUCUGUGCUUCGCUCGGGACAAUUGUCGAUGCGCUGUAGGUUGCAAGGAUGGCAAGAUAUACCUCUUCGAUAUACACUCAGCCAAACUACUUCAGACACUGUCCGGUCAUUCGGAUCCUGUUACCAGCAUGCAGGCUCAAGAUAAUGAUCGAUUCCUAAUAACAUCCGGAGGCAACAAGAUUGUGGUUUGGAAUUUUUUCUGCAAAAAAGAAAUGUUCGUUCCAAAGUCUCGAAGCCGGAAGGAAGACAAGCAUCAGGAACCAGUCACGUGCGUCGCCGUCUCCAGGGAUGGGUCUUUAGCCGUGUCAGGCUCCCGAGAUCGCAUCGUGAAAGUUUGGCAGCUGAACUCAGGGGAACUACAUGCCAGUUUGAAAGGUCAUUCUGCUUCCAUUACCUGUGUCGCCUUUGCUCCCAAUGGGCUGUUUGCUGUUUCGGGAUCCGAGGAUGCUUCCCUCAAAGUUUGGGGACUCACUUUAGGACUCAUCGUUUCCACAUUUCAGGAGCAUCAGAGUAAAGUGAUGGCAGUGGCAGUGACAUCGGACAGUCGUCGAGUUCUGUCUGUGGACUCCAUGAGUCAGCAUCGAUUGUGGCAAGCCGACACGGGAGUUCAACUGGUUGUCUGUGCCAAACCCUCGACCAACGUUGCGGUGCAUGCUAACAUGGUGUUCGCAGUAGGUGGAAAGAACGAUUGCAGUCUCAAAUUCUGGCCUGUGAUGGACAUGGAAUCCGAGAAAUCUGUGAGCCACAGUGAUGCCAUCACCUGCUACACAGUCACUUAUGAUUGUCAGACCAUCGUGACAGGCUCCAACGACAUGUCCCUCAAGGUGUGGGAAGUGGGAACAGGGAAACUGACGCAAGUUCUAGUGGGUCACGAAAGCCUGGUCACAUGUGCUGCUUGCGCUCCUCUGAGUCCGUCACUGGUAGUCUCUGGUUCUGCAGACUGCAAUCUCAUCGUUUGGGACCUCACCACAGGAAAUGACAAUUUCACUCUUAGAGGACAUACAGAAACUGUCACCAAUGUCAAACUCACGCUAGAUGGGACUCUAGCAAUAUCUGCUUCGGAUGAUAAUACACUCGGCAUAUGGAGCACAAGCACUGGUCUUCGUGUUGGGCUAUUGGGGAUCCAUCAGACAAUCCUAAACAUUGCAGGAGCUCUAAACCUCUCCCAGGUGGUUCUACAGCUAGCCAAUCAGAAUGUAGUUCCUCUACUUAAACUUCAUAACAACCCUACAAAAGGAAUGAUGCUUGAUCUACCUCCAGGUACUCCUGUCACUGAGGAAGCCAAGACCCCAGGUCAUUCUUGGAGAGGCGUUGUUCCUCAAAGAGUAUUACUACGUGGGAAUCUGAAAAGAGAGCAAUCCUUCGAUUCUUUCUACUGGGACCUGCGCUCAGCCUCCCCAAAGCACGAUCUGGGUAUGAGCCUCGAAGAUUUCAGGCGAGUGCCUUCCCCAUUUGGAUCCAGAGAGCACCUUCACUUGGCAGGCACAGUCUGGGAUGGACGACUGGGUGGUCGAGGGUUCGCUCAUCCUUCCGAUCUUCAGCCGAAAACCAAAUUACCCAAACACAAAAUGCUAAAGAAGCAGCAAAGCAUGUUUGCCUGCUUCCCAGAAUUCAUGACACAGCAAGCCUCACCCCAACAGCUGCUGUCCCCGCAAGGACUAGUCAAAGAGUUAGAUCAACCGAGAAAAGUGGCCGAUUUUGGAAGACUCACUCCCAAACUCACGGCUCAAAAGUCUCUCAGUCGAGCUGCUAGCUUAGAAGAGACCGGUGCCAACUCCAAUGGCAAUCCGGAUGGUGCCAAUAUAGCCACAGUCAAGCAGUCAGCUGUCUGCACUAUAUCCUAAGGUCGUAUUAUGUAUAUAUAUAUCCAUUGUACUCUAUUCUAAAUGAACUGGGUGUUCCAAACCUCUGUACCGAGCACGUUGUGAUCAGCACCAAAUGAAGUUGGAAACAAAUAUUUCAUUCAAGGCUAUUGCCUAUAAAUACUAACUGGAUUGCUGACUGAAAUG